CCUCUGCUGGAGCCGGAGUUGCAUUCCUCUCCUGUCCUCUCCAUUCACACGCAGGGAGCCGCCGGAGAGAGAGCACCGCCGCUCCGUGACCAGAGAGAAAUGUCUCUAAGUUUUGGAAUUUAAAACCAUGGCGAGGAUAUCGAGCCUCAGGAUCACCUGAACCUGGCUCCCACCUUGUGUGUCUGGAUGAUGUUCCUGAUGACGGCCUGCAACGCUAAAAGUGGGACAGCGGAUCAAUAGGAGUAUUGUUUCCCCCCUGAAUUCCCCCCUCUCUCCCUCAAACUCUCCUUCCUUAUUCAUUGAAAGAAGAGAGAACCUGAAGAGAAAUCCUGACUGCGUACUUGGUAAAAGAGUGGGUACUCAUCCUUCUCCUUUCUUUCUCCUCCCCCAACCCCCUAAACCUCUCCCCCUGACAGCCCAGUUAUGUGUCCCCUAGCUCGGUCAGUGGCUUCCUCUGGCCAGAGGAACUUUUUCCUCAUCUUGGGGCUCUUGCUUAUCAUGAGCCCAUCCCUCUCUGGAGGCCAACCCCCACCCUUCAAAAGAUUUGCCCCUUCUGAGUGGGGGCUGACACAUUUGGCCAUCCACAACAAAACUGGAGAGGUCUAUGUGGGAGCUGUCAACUGGAUUUUUAAGCUUUCAAGCAACCUGACUAAACUGCGCAGCCACAUGACUGGUCCAGUGGUGGACAACGAGAAGUGUUACCCUCCGCCGAGCGUCCAGUCAUGCCCUCAUGACUUGGCCCAAACCCCCAAUGUGAACAAACUUCUCCUCAUAGACUAUGCACAGAACCGCCUCAUAGCUUGUGGCAGCACUUCACAGGGUAUCUGCCAGUUCUUACGUCUGGACGACCUCUUCAAGCUUGGCGAGCCGCACCACCGCAAGGAGCACUAUCUCUCCAGUGUGGCUGAGUCAGGCACCAUGUCUGGGGUCAUCAUAAGCUCCCCUCACAGUUCAACCAGCAAACUUUUUAUUGGAACCCCCAUUGAUGGAAAGUCUGAGUACUUCCCCACUUUAUCGAGCCGCAAGCUGAUGGAGAAUGAAGAAAACGCAGACAUGUUCAGCUUUGUUUAUCAGGAUGAAUUUGUCUCCUCUCAGCUGAAGAUCCCCUCAGACACUUUGUCUAAAUUCCCUGCUUUUGACAUCUAUUAUGUGUACAGUUUUAGCAGCGAGCAGUUUGUCUAUUAUCUAACAAUGCAGCUGGAUACCCAGCUGACUUCACCUGACGCCAGCGGGGAGCAGUUCUUCACCUCAAAAAUUGUCCGCCUCUGCGUGGACGACCCCAAAUUUUACUCCUAUGUUGAAUUCCCCAUCGGCUGCACUAAAGAUGGGGUGGAGUACCGCCUGGUGCAGGACGCCUUCUUGGCUCGGCCAGGCCGGCAGCUGGCCAACUCUCUGGGGAUCUCUGAGAAUGAAGACAUCCUCUUCACAAUCUUCUCUCAGGGUCAGAAGAAUCGGGCCAAACCACCCAAAGAGUCAGCGCUGUGCCUGUUCACCCUGAGGAGGAUAAAAGAGAAGAUCAAAGAAAGAAUUCAGUCCUGCUACAAAGGAGAUGGUAAACUCUCUUUACCCUGGCUGCUUAACAAGGAGCUCGCCUGCAUCAACUCGCCUCUCCAGAUAGACGACAACUUCUGUGGCCAGGACUUUAACCAGCCUCUGGGAGGAACUAGCACCAUUGAGGGCAUCCCGCUCUUCAUCGACAAGGAUGAUGGCAUGACCUCUGUGGCUGCUUACGACUACCGAGGCAACACUGUGGCUUUUGUUGGCACCCGGAAUGGAAAACUGAAGAAGAUCUUGGUGAACUCAGUGAGCCCCAACCGUCCAGCGGUGCUCUAUGAGAAGGUGACUGUGAGUGAGGGAGGAAGCCCUUUACUUAGAGACAUGCUGUUCAGCCCGGACCAGCAGCACAUCUACACACUGACUGACAAACAGGUGGUGCGAGUUCCAGUGGAAAGCUGUGAGCAGUACACCACUUGUGGGGAGUGUUUGGGCUCCAGAGACCCUCACUGUGGAUGGUGUGUCCUCCACAAUAUCUGCUCACGAAAGGACCGAUGUGAACGAGCAGGAGAGCCCCAGAGGUUUGCAUCAGACCAGAGGCAGUGUGUGGAGCUCACCGUUCAGCCAAAGAACAUCUCUGUCACCAUGUCUGAAGUCCAGCUGGUCCUCCAGGCUCGUAACGUGCCCGACCUAUCAGCGGGGGUCAACUGCUCCUUUGAGGACUACGUGGAGACGGAGGGACGGAUCCAGGGCGGACACAUCUUCUGCAUGUCUCCCUCAGUCCGGGAUGUCACCCCGAUCACGAGGAACAAAGGUGACAAGCGAGUUGUGAAGCUCUAUCUGAAAUCCAAGGAGACAGGCAAGAAGUUCGCCAGCGUGGAUUUUGUCUUCUACAACUGCAGUGUCCACCAGUCCUGCCUCUCCUGUGUAAAUGGCUCAUUCCCAUGCCACUGGUGCAAAUACCGUCACAUGUGCACCCAAAAUGCCAACGACUGCUCUUUCCAGGAGGGACGCGUCAACAUCUCUGAGGACUGCCCUCAGAUCCUCCCGUCAACCCAGAUCUACAUCCCUGUUGGGGUAACAAAGCCAAUAACCUUAGCUGCCAAAAACCUGCCCCAGCCACAGUCGGGACAGAGAAACUACGAGUGCGUCUUCCACAUCCAGGGAGAGACGACCAGUGUGCCUGCCCUGCGCUUCAACAGCACCUCCAUCCAGUGCCAGAAAACAGCGUAUACCUAUGAGGGCAAUGACAUCAGCGACCUGCCUGUGGAUCUGUCUGUGGUUUGGAAUGGGAACUUUGUCAUUGACAACCCCUACAACAUCAAAGCCCACCUGUAUAAAUGCUAUGCCCUGAGGGACAGCUGUGGGAUGUGUCUGAAGGCAAACCCCAGGUUUGAGUGCGGCUGGUGCGUACAGGAGAAGAAAUGCUCCCUGAGGCAGGAGUGCACUCCUCCAGAGACUACGUGGAUGCAUGCCACCACAGGAAACAGCCGCUGUGCACACCCCAAGAUCACUAAGUUGUUUCCAGAGACGGGACCUAGGCAGGGAGGAACCAUGCUGACCAUCACAGGGGAGAACCUGGGUCUGCAGUUUAAAGACAUCCAGAGCGGGGUACGCAUUGGCAAGGUGACUUGCAACCCUCAGGAGGACCAGUACAUCAGUGCUGAGCAGAUUGUGUGUCGGCUGAAUGAUGCCACAGGUUACAGGGUGCAGGAGGCUCAGGUUGAAGUGUGCGUCAGAGACUGCAUUCACCCAGACUACAAAGCAGUUUCCACUAAGGCCUUCACCUUUGUGUCUCCAUACUUCACCCGCGUCCAUCCUUCCACUGGGCCUCUGUCUGGAGGAACAAGGAUCACCAUUGAAGGCAGUCAUCUCAAUGCAGGAAGUGCUGUAUUUGUGAAGAUAGGACUCAACCCAUGCCGGUUCGAGAGGCGGAGUAGCAAGGAGAUAGUCUGUGUGACCCCAGCAGGACUAGCCCCAGGCAACACCCCGGUCAUGGUGGACAUUAACGCCGCUGAGCUGAGGAACCCAGAGGUCAAGUUCAACUAUACAGACGAUCCAACCAUCCUCAAGAUAGAGCCUGACUGGAGUAUCGCCAGCGGAGGAACCAUGCUGACCAUCACUGGAACCAAUCUGGCCACCAUCAAGGAGCCCAAAAUGAGAGCCAAGUAUGGAGCUGCCAAGUCCGAAAAUAACUGCACGGUUGUCAACAACACUGUAAUGGUGUGUCUGGCGCCCUCUGUGGCCGGAUCUGAUAAAACCUUCUCAGAGGCUGGCAGCAGUCCUGAUGAGAUCGGCUUUGUCAUGGAUGAUGUGCGCUCUGUGCUGGUGGUAAACGAGACAUUCAGCUACCACCCGGACCCUGUGUUUGAACCUCUCAGCCCCUCAGGCAUGCUGGAGCUGAAACCCAGCUCACCACUCAUACUCAAGGGUCGUAACCUAAUCCCUUCAGCUCCAGGAAACUCUAAGCUGAACUACACAGUGCUGAUCGGGGAGACGCCCUGCGUGCUCACCCUGUCAGAGAGCCAGCUGCUGUGUGAAUGGCCCAAUCUGACCGGAGAGCACAAAGUCACAGUGCGCGUUGGAGGCUUUGAAUACUCCCCAGGGACCUUGCAGAUCUACUCAGACAGCUUGCUCACUCUACCUGCCAUCAUUGGCAUCGGAGGAGGGGGUGGCCUGCUCCUGCUUGUCAUCAUUGUGGUGCUGAUUGCCUAUAAGAGGAAGUCGAGGGACGCUGACCGCACUCUCAAACGGCUGCAACUGCAGAUGGACAACCUGGAGUCCAGGGUGGCCCUUGAGUGCAAAGAAGCCUUUGCAGAGCUGCAGACAGACAUCCAUGAACUCACUCAGGAGCUGGAUGGAGCAGGAAUCCCUUUCCUGGAUUAUCGCACCUAUGCCAUGCGGGUCCUCUUCCCUGGGAUAGAGGACCACCCUGUGCUCAAGGAGAUGGAGGUACGGGUCCCUGCCAAUGUCGAGAAGGCCCUGACACUUUUUGGCCAGCUGCUGACAAAAAAGCACUUCCUGCUCACCUUCAUCCGCACCUUGGAGGCUCAGCGCUCCUUCUCCAUGCGUGAUCGGGGCAACGUAGCCUCUCUCAUCAUGACAGCACUGCAGGGUGAGAUGGAGUACGCCACAGGUGUCCUAAAACAGCUCCUGUCUGACCUCAUCGACAAAAACCUGGAGAGCAAAAAUCACCCCAAGCUCUUACUCAGGAGGACGGAGUCAGUCGCUGAGAAGAUGCUCACCAACUGGUUCACCUUCCUGCUUUACAAGUUCCUCAAGGAGUGUGCUGGUGAGCCUCUCUUCAUGUUGUACUGUGCCAUGAAGCAGCAAAUGGAGAAGGGGCCGAUAGACUCAAUCACAGGAGAGGCCCGCUACUCCCUCAGCGAGGAUAAACUCAUCAGGCAGCAGAUUGACUACAAGACUUUGACGUUGCACUGCGUAAAUCCCGAGAAUGAGAACGCUCCUGAAGUGCUGGUGAAGAGCCUGAACUGUGACACGGUGACGCAGGUGAAGGAGAAGCUGCUGGAUGCCGUGUACAAAGGGACACCUUACUCCCAGAGACCCAAGGCCUCCGACAUGGACCUGGAAUGGAGACAGGGAAGGAUGGCUCGCAUCAUCCUGCAGGACGAGGAUGUCACUACAAAGAUCGACAAUGACUGGAAGAGACUCAACACCCUGGCUCACUAUCAGGUGACAGAUGGCUCAGUGAUUGCCCUGGUGCCUAAACAGAACUCAGCCUACAACAUCUCCAACUCCUCCACAUUCACCAAGUCCCUCAGCCGAUACGGUACGAGAGAAGAGAGUAUGCUGAGGACAGCCAGUAGUCCAGACAGCCUUCGCUCCCGAACACCCAUGAUAACCCCCGACCUCGAGAGCGGCACCAAACUCUGGCACUUGGUCAAGAACCACGACCAUUCAGACCAGAGGGAAGGGGACAGAGGGAGCAAGAUGGUCUCUGAGAUCUACUUGACCAGGCUUCUGGCCACUAAGGGUACGCUUCAGAAGUUUGUAGAUGACCUGUUUGAGACCAUCUUCAGCACUGCACACAGGGGAAGUGCCCUGCCUCUCGCCAUCAAGUACAUGUUUGAUUUCUUGGACGAGCAGGCGGACAAACACUCCAUAUCAGAUUCUGAUGUACGGCACACAUGGAAGAGCAACUGUCUUCCUCUGCGGUUCUGGGUGAACGUGAUCAAGAACCCGCAGUUCGUCUUUGACAUCCACAAGAACAGCAUCACAGAUGCCUGCUUGUCUGUGGUGGCUCAGACCUUCAUGGACUCUUGUUCGACAUCGGAGCAUAAACUCGGGAAGGACUCACCCUCCAACAAGCUGCUCUAUGCUAAAGACAUCCCCAACUAUAAGAACUGGGUAGAAAGGUACUACUCUGACAUCUCCAGGAUGCCGGCCAUCAGCGACCAGGACAUGAGUGCCUACUUGGCGGAACAGUCGCGCUUACAUGCAAACCAGUUCAACAGCAUGUCAGCCCUCCAUGAGAUCUACUCCUACAUUGUUAAAUACAAGGAUGAGAUCUUGUCAGCAUUGGAGCGGGAUGAACAGGCGAGAAGACAGAGACUGAGGAGCAAGCUGGAGCAGGUCAUCGACACAAUGGCUCUAACCAGCUGAGGACCAUCCAGCACCUCCAUCUCCUCGUCUCCUUCACUCCUCCUCUCCAUCUGUCUCUCCCUCUCGCUCCGCUCACCCAGACAACAAACAAAAUUCCAACCAACCCCCCCAACAAUACGACAGAUGAACUGCGCAAAGACUGAAGCAGUAUACUGUAAACCAGGGUGGGGGAGGUUCAGCAGAGAUGGGCGGGCCUGUGUACGCUUACAUGUUUAUGUGUGUGUUUGUGUGCAGACCCCGUGCACUGUGUGGGCUGGUGUCGGUGUGACGGACUGGGACACCGGACACGUUCACACACGGACACAUGGAGAAACAUGUCGACUGACAGCAUUAGAUUAUUGUGGAUGUUGGUGUUUGUUGUUUGCUUGAUUUUGAUUUUAGGAGUUCUGUCGUGUUGACACGGUGGUCCGGGAAAGAAACAAAUAAGCCUGCACAGGAACUCCAUAUAUGGUAUCAAAAGCAGGAUGGACCAAUCUGUGAUGAGCCAAUGGAGAGAGGCUCUCUAGGUCAUGUGACUCCAACGGGUGUCACACUUUUAAAGGAUGUUAGUUUUUGUUUUUAUUUCUUUUUUUGUAUAAAUGUAAUCAACUGCCCACUCUCUGAUCUCUCGCCACUUGUAUUACUGCUGAAUUUGCACAACUUACAGAAGCGUUACAAAGGAAGACGAUAUAGAUAUUAUAUAAAUACAGCUACGUUUUUAAAGAAAGAUUAGAGAGAAACCAUUUUGUUUAUCUUCUUUUUCAUUUUGAACCAACAAACACAAUAAAAAAUACAACAGUAAGACAUGAUUUGAUAUUUCAAGUACAAAAGAAAAAACGUAGACAAAAAAAAAACAACGAAAAAGAAACAAAAAAGUCGUACUGUGCCAUGUUUUCUUUGAAUGUUGUUUAGUGCAAAGACAUUUUGUUAGAUGGAAUGUGCUACCGUAUGAUUUUUGAAUAUGAACAUGCCUAGUGACUGAAAAGAAAUGUCCGACACAUCCUAGGAACCUUUUUAAAAAAAGUGUGAAGAGAGACGACACAGAGAGUUGUCCAUUUUCCUCAGUUAGCACAGCAAUGACAUGAAGUUGCUGUUAUUUCCAUAUUAAUCAGUGCAAUCUUGGUUUCAGAAAACCAAAUAUAUACACACUAAGGAUUGUUGCUUCAUCAUGGCCACAUUAGUAUCCUGCGCCACGGCUGGUUCAUUAAGUAAUACUUCAGUGGAUCAUGGUUAGGUGACUCAACUAUGAAGUAGCUACAUUGCACUACCUGUAAUAUUCCCAACCGCAGCCAUCAUAUCUGUCUGAGUUUGUGAUAUCCCCCCUUGAAGGGUCAUCAGUUUUCUGGCACAGUCGUUUUAGAGGAGCUAAAGUGAUGGCGCUCUCAGAUGCUGUUUACAGGAGUAACACUGAGGUCAGGCAGAGCUUAGCCGAGUUCCUCAGUGCUGAAACAAAGUGGGAGAAGCUGGGUUUUUUUUUUCAGCCUUAAACCACUUUCAUUUUUCCAAUGUUAAGACCUGAAUCCAGGGGUAAAGAAAGGAUAUCGAGUGUUGCUCUCCACCUAUCUAUUUGAGACAGGUCGUUUAGCUUUUUAUCUUAAGGAGGUAUAGAAAGAUAUAGAGGUGACACACCUCUGUUCAUUAGGCUGAGUAAUCCUCCCCUUAGCCUGCAGCUCUUGUUUCAAAACUAGCCUAUUGCCGUGUGUGGCUUAAGCUUUUGUUUUUCUUUAUUAACUGUUCUUUUAAGAGGAUUAUUUUCAAAGUCUUUAAGUCAGGGUUUUUGACUUUGUGGUGAAAAAUAUUCUCAAUUUUUUUCCUGCUUGCCGAAAAACCAAACUGUGGUCUGUAUAAUGUUUUUGUUGUUUUUCAUUUGUAAAUUGUACACUUUAUUUCAUGAUGAACAAAAGCUGUUUGCCAUUUUUGUAAUCGAGUUGUUUUUAUUUUAUGUCUUUUUAUUUUAGAACAUAUAAAUUGUACAUUUAACGGUACACAGAAGACAAAAUUCUCUUUGGUUUGCCUGAAGUUGAAGUACUUGACCGAUCUCGAGGUUUAUUUUUCCUGAUCUCAAGGAUCAAAAUGGAAUUGUUGCAUCAGAUGAGCAUCUGUGUCUUUGUGAUGGAAAUGUGACUUGCUGCUUUAACUCUUGUACCUUGUUUUUUUCUGUCAAACAUUAGGGCUGUCAUCUUAUGCUGAUCAUCAAUGCUGUCGCUUUUAAUUUUUACACUAGGUUCUUUAAAAACAAAAACAAUCUGUUUGGAAUGCAAGAAACAUGAGCAAAAGUCCCAAAUUGAUAUUAAGCCACAAUUUUGUUUACACUAUUUACAGCUGCAAAAACCUAUGAGCCUAUUUAACUGGAUACCUGUUGGAACUAAUACUUAAGACUGCAGUCUUUAGGGACCACCCUGCCCAUGCUAGGUUAAAUACAACUCCUUUUUAGAGCACUAUGUUGGCUACACAUUUAAUAAUGUCCAUUUGAAUCAUGUAUGAGAGUACUGCAAAAUAAGCUGAGUCUACUAAGACAAAUCCAUGUGCUUCAUGCUAAAGCACACAGACAGAUAGGAACUAAAUGAGGCCACAGCCCUCAGUCGCUGAUCUGUCAGGCUUUUUAGAGACACUUAAACAUUCUUGAUCUAUCCUCAGGUUCAUGCUCCAUUUGUGUCGUAUUCUGCUUGUAAUUUGGUUGAUUGAAAUGACUGCUGGGAGAGUUGCCUUGUUUAUCAUUUGCAUGGUUCCUUGCCUUUUAGAUUGACCUGCUUUGAAAGUCCUGGCCCAUCUUUAGAGAAACUUCCCAGCCAUCAUAAUCUGCCUUUCAUUUUGCACUGUUUGGUGUGAUAAUUGUAUUUAUCGGUGGUUUACAGCAUGUCUGUUGUCUAAUAGUGUUUGGUGUCAUCAGGAGGAAGCGAGCACAAGCUGAACAUGUCACAAGAACAACACGCCGUCUGCGGUUUGACAGACCUGCUGGUUUUUUAAACUAUGUCUGUCAGAUCAGAACAAAUUAACAAGUAAAGUUGACUGCACUGUGUUCAGCAUGAGCAGAUUUAGCACACAUUCAUGUGUCUCAUGUUUAAUUCUGAGCCGUUUAAACAUGCUUUGUCACACUUUCCAAACAACCGUAGUAGCUAAAAUCAAAUACAAGUCCUGGCACCAUUCUGUUUUCAGUUCUUGCUGUUUCCUGCUUUCAUCUUACUCUGGAUAAUUCAGUCAUUGCCCCUUUUUUCUUUUCUUUUUUGAAAUGGAAGUUACAUAGAAUCCAAGGAGAUGCUAAGCAAAUGAAUCUGGGGCGGAGCCGGCAAAGGAAUUUAUACUCCUAUAACUCAGACACAUGCAGAGUUUCAGACUUGAAGCAACUGUCACAAGUUUGCAGGUUAACAUCCAUUGUGUAAAUAUUCUGUUAUUUCCUAUUUUGCAGAUUUACUACUUGUAAAUAAACACAUCAAGGAGAGAUUAAACAUUUUUUGCUAA